AUGUCAACACCCUGCGUCCUCGCAGUACAUCAAGCGAGAACUGAUUACUCGCGAUGCUCCGUGCGCUGUCUUCCCUCUGUCACUGCCGCCGACAGACUAUCCGUCACUGCCCCUAGCCGAGCCUCCGUCACUGCCACCGGCUUAGUCUCCGUCACUGCCGCAGCCGAGUUUCCGUCAGUGCCUCCAUCCGAGUCUCCAUCACUGCCCCUGGCUAAGUCUCCAUCACUACCCAUAGCCGAGUGUCUGUCACUGCCGCCGACCGAGUCUCCAUCGCUGCCCCCGACCGAGUCUCCAUCACUGCCUCCAGCUGAGUCUCCAUCACUGCCCCGGCUGUCUCCAUCACUGCCCCCGACCGAGUCUCCGUCACUGCCACCGACUGAGUCUCCAUCACUGCCUCCAGCCGUCUCCAUCACUGCCCCGGCUAUCACUGCCCCCAGCCUAUCUCUGUCACUGCCCCAGCCAAGUCUCCGUCACUGCCCCGAACCAGCCUCCGUCACCCCGGCCGAGAGUCUGUCACUGUCCCCGACCGAGUUUCUUUCACUGUCCCCGACCGAGUCUCCGUCACUGCCCCCAACUGAGUCUCCAUCACUGCCGCCGGUCGAGUCUCUGUCAUUGCCCCCGACCGAGUCUCACCUCACGAGCCGCGGCUGUCCAAAAUAG